UGUCAGAACGCCAGGCCUCCAUUCGAGCUGCAGCUGUUUGGAGAGAAACAACAACAAAAACGGGGCCGAGAGACGGAGCGGCCAACGGUGACAGUCCGCUCCGAGCUCGAGCAGCGAGGCCUCGAAUCUGGACGUCGAACCUAAUUUUCCCACCCGGAGCACCGCCGGCUUCUAACCACGGCCGCUCUCGGUGAGGAAACUCUGGCCUCCGCUUCCUCCUCCUCCGACUCGGACACCGGCGGAGCGUCGCCGCCCCCGCGGAAGAAGCACCGAGCCUCGGCGGCGGAGGGAGCAGGAGAGCCCGGGGCUUCAGCGGUUGUGCCAGGCCUUGCCGGAGUUGUCUUGGGACUCGGAGCCACAUCGACCAUCCACUUUAACCGCAGCACCGUCGGCCACCUGAGCAGCAGCAGCAGCAUGCAGGCGAACGGAGCGGGGCAAGAAUCAGCCGAGCUUUCCUGCCUGAGCGUCGCGCAGAACGGCGAGUCGUCGUCGGCUGUAGACUGCGGCGGUGGGGCGGCGCACUCCAACGGGCUUCUACUCUCAGUUGCGGACAACGGCAUCGGCGUGGGCACCAGCAACGGAUCCUCGUCGUCCACCUCCGCUGCUUGCGGGACUUCUGCCGCGGCCUCGGAGGUGGGCUUGCUGAAGAAGAAGAAGCGUUUAUCGCAGGCGGAGGAAGAUGUCAUUCGACUCAUAGGGCAACAUCUCCACGGACUGGGGCUUAAUCAGACGGUGGACCUGCUGAUGCAGGAGUCGGGCUGCAGACUGGAACACUCGUCAGCGAGCAAGUUCCGCAACCAUGUCAUGGAAGGCGAGUGGGACAAGGCUGAGAAUGAUCUCAACGAACUGAGAGCACUGAUGCAUUCUCCCAACGCCAUUGUGCGUAUGAAGUUCUUGCUGCUGCAGCAGAAAUAUUUAGAGUACCUAGAAGAUGGCAAAGUCCUGGAGGCUCUGCAGGUGCUCCGCGGGGAGCUGACACCGCUCAAGUACAACACAGACCGCAUCCACGUGCUCAGCGGGUAUCUAAUGUGCAGCCAUGCCGAGGAUCUAAGGGCCAAGGCGGAGUGGGAGGGCAAAGGCACGGCCUCCCGCUGCAGACUGCUGGACAAAUUACAAACGUACCUGCCACCAUCCGUGAUGCUGCCCCCGCGGCGGCUGCAGAACCUGCUGCGGCAGGCGGUGGAGCUACAGAGGGACCGCUGCCUCUAUCACAACACCAAGCUGGACAGCAGCCUGGACUCGGUGUCGUUGCUCAUCGAUCACGUCUGCAGCAGGAAGCAAUUCCCAUGUUACACGCAGCAGAUUCUGACAGAGCACUGUAAUGAAGUAUGGUUCUGCAAGUUCUCAAACGACGGCACCAAGCUGGCCACUGGCUCCAAAGAUACCACCGUCAUCAUUUGGCAGGUGGACCCGGAGAGCCACCAGCUAAAGCUGCUGCGGACUCUGGAGGGUCAUGCGUACGGUGUUUCCUACCUUGCCUGGAGCCCCGACGACACCUACCUGAUCGCCUGCGGACCCGAUGAUUGCUCUGAGCUGUGGCUCUGGAAUGUUCAGACGGGGGAGCUGCGAACAAAGAUGUCGCAGUCCCACGAGGACAGUUUGACCAGCGUGGCCUGGAACCCUGACGGCAAACGCUUUGUCACCGGAGGCCAGAGGGGGCAGUUCUAUCAAUGCGAUCUGGACGGCAACCUGUUGGACUCUUGGGAGGGUGUGAGAGUCCAGUGCCUGUGGUGCCUGGGUGACGGGAGGACAGUUCUGGCCUCAGACACCCACCAACGAAUUCGGGGAUACAACUUUGAGGACCUCGCGGACAGAAACAUAGUCCAGGAAGACCACCCUAUCAUGUCUUUUACUGUUUCCAAGAACGGAAGAUUAGCUGUGUUAAAUGUAGCAACUCAGGGAGUGCACUUGUGGGACCUACAGGACCGAGUGCUGGUCAGGAAAUACCAAGGUGUCACCCAGGGCUUCUACACCAUCCACUCCUGCUUCGGAGGACACAAUGAAGACUUUAUUGCCAGCGGCAGCGAAGACCAUAAAGUGUACAUUUGGCACCGGCGGGGCGAGCUUCCCAUUGCUGAGCUGACGGGCCACACGCGCACCGUAAACUGCGUGAGCUGGAACCCGACCAUCCCGGGACUCAUGGCGUCCGCCUCGGACGACGGCACAGUGCGCGUCUGGGGGCCAGCGCCCUUCCUCGACUCGCAAGAGGCGGACGGACUCAACGAGAACUGCAGUAACAUGGACAGUUGAUGGACACUUAUCUCGCAAGAACCCACCAAUAUAAAAGUAAAAAUCCAAUCUCUACACCAACCCAAAAAGUACGCCGAGGCAAAAAAAAAAAAAAAAGUGCAAGCCACCAAGACAAAAAGUGACAGAGCAGACU